GGCCCUUAUUCCCACAAACUUAUAACGAAAUUCGAAAAUUGUCAAGCCCCUCCUCCACUGCAAAAUUCCCAAACCUCGAAAUUUCCCACCCAACCUCAAUCAACAUCGUAACCACGAAAAAAAAGCUCAAUUCAGUGAGCUUCGCAUCGCGCACGCCACCACACUAACGAAUACUUCACAGCCAAAAAUUCUCACAACAAUUCAAUAUGGCUGACCGAGGUGGUGCCCGAGGAGGCGGUUUUGGUUCGCGAGGUGACCGAGGCGGCGAUCGUGGUCGUGGUCGUGGCCGUGGCCGUGGUCGACGUGGUGGUAACAAGGACAGCGAGAAGGAAUGGAUGCCCGUCACCAAGCUUGGCCGUCUCGUGAAAGCUGGCAAGAUCAAGAGCAUGGAGGAGAUCUACCUACACUCGCUCCCCAUCAAGGAGUUCCAGAUCGUCGACUUUUUCCUACCUAAGCUGAAGGAUGAAGUCAUGAAGAUCAAGCCCGUCCAGAAGCAGACUCGUGCUGGUCAGCGAACUCGGUUUAAGGCUAUUGUCAUCAUUGGUGACUCCGAGGGUCACGUUGGUCUUGGUAUCAAGACCUCCAAGGAAGUCGCUACUGCUAUCCGUGCCGCCAUCAUUAUCGCCAAGCUCAGCGUCAUUCCCGUCCGACGUGGUUUCUGGGGUACCAACCUUGGUCAACCUCACUCUCUACCCGUCAAGGAGAGUGGAAAGUGCGGUUCCGUCACUGUCCGACUUAUCCCUGCCCCUCGUGGUACCCAGAUCGUAGCAUCCCCCGCCGUCAAGCGUCUUCUGCAGCUGGCCGGUAUCGAGGAUGCUUACACUUCCUCUUCCGGUUCAACCAAGACUCUCGAAAACACCCUAAAGGCUACCUUCGCCGCUAUCUCCAACACAUACGGAUUCCUCACACCCAACCUGUGGUCUGAGACCAAGUUGAUCCGAAGCCCACUGGAGGAGUAUGCGGACACACUCCGUGAAGGCAAGCGAUACUAGAUGCGGGAUUCUGAGCAUAUGGCGUGGAUUCGGUUGUUCUGCUUUUUUAAUUGCAUCGGUGCCAGGUAGGCAGGUAUCAGACAAAGGCAGCAAAAAGGCAGCUCUAUUCUAACAAGUAACUUGUUCUCUCUCAAUGCAAUGUGAAUAUCUCUUGAACCUUUACGUAACGAAGCCUAGAACAAGU